AUGGGAAAGGAACUGAUGAACAGUAGCAACUUCUGCCAACAACUCGGCGCAACGUUGGUACGCAAUUUCAAGCUCAAGAUCCGAGAUUCACGCAAAACGAUAGCGGAAGUGUUUCUACCGCUCUACACGCUCGGCACACUAAUAGUGUUAAAGAUCCUCAUACCGAAUCCCAACUUUCCCGCCAUCACGGAACCACGCGGUGCAGCGACACUGUUCGAACAUUUCCAGCAUCAUAAAGCCCACACCAUUGCCGUGCUGCCGCAGCCAAACUCCUCCACGACGGUUCCGUUCCUGAGCGAGGUCAACGAACUAUGGAUGUCGAAUCGACGCCACCAGCCCGGAAUACAUCCCAUCAAGUGGAUGGUGUACGAAACGCCGGAAGAAUUGCUAGCUGCUUACUGGCGAGAUCCUAGCAAGAUGCCCCUGGCACUGAUAUUCCACUCGGAUGAUCCACUGUUCGGGCCGCUGCGGUACGAAAUACGCACCAAUCCUUCAUUCUUCGUGACACCAUCGACGACAGAGCUGUAUUCGUCGCUGGUCACGUGUAGACAAUCGGACAGCUACUGGUCGGCGGUGAUCCCGAUCGAAACGGGCGAUUCGUGUCCGGUGAAUCAGUACUACUAUUCGGGGUUUAUUGCGCUCCAGACCCUGCUCGACUACACCAAGAUCCGGAUCGUGACGCAGAACGAAGAGCUGCAGAUACCUCAUAUUACGCUAGAGAUGUUUCCCAAGGAAGCCUACACUGGCAACUGGAUGGUCGCGUUUAGGCUGGUCAUUCCGAUCUACAUGGUGAUGGCAUUAUCGCAAUUCAUUACAUAUCUGCUAAUACUGAUCGUCGGCGAAAAGGAGAACCACAUCAAGGAGGGCUUGAAGAUAAUGGGGUUACGGGACUCCGUUUUCUGGUGUGGUUGGUUCGUCAUUUACGCCGUGUUUGUAACAUUUCUGAGCUUUGUGUCCGUCAUUCUCGUGUUUUCGUUGGGAGUCUUUCAACAUACGAACUACCUGCCUGUAUUCAUACUCAUUCUGCUGUACAGUUUUUCGGUUAUUUUGAUUGGCUUCAUGAUUACACCGUUUUUCGACAACUCACGGACUGCUGGCAUACUGGGAAACUUUGCGGUCAACAUUAUGUCACUAUUGUACUUUCUGCAAGUGUUUAUCGACGAUACGCACACCUCGGCAGCACUGUGGACUGUGUCACUCAUUUCUCCCACAGGGUUUGCGCUGGCCAUGGAUAAAAUCCUCGUGUUGGACAUAUCCGGCCAGGGCGUCACGCUGAACAACCUCUGGACCGGGCCAGGUAUUCCGAUCGGAGGAUCCAUCCUGAUGCUCGUCGUGGAUAUAGUGCUUUACGCGGCUCUGGCAUUCUAUUUUGACUGUGUGAUCCCAUCGGACCAUGGUACGAAACAGAAGCCUUGCUUCUGUCUGAACCGAAACUACUGGUGUAAGAAAAAAGUGCCAAAAGUACCAUUGCUGAACGGUGAAUCGGCCAACUCGUUCAACAACGCGCUCGAGGAUCAGGCACGCGAUGUGGAACCAGUGUCGCGUGAGAUGCGCGGUAAGGAAGCGAUCCGUAUAGUGGAUCUGUACAAGACUUUCCACUCGUGUCGCAAACCAGCAGUGAACGCGGUCAAUGGAAUUAAUCUGACCAUCUACGAAGGACAGAUAACGGCGAUUCUCGGUCACAACGGAGCGGGAAAGAGCACACUGUUCAACAUUCUCACCGGUCUGACAUCGCCUACAUCGGGCACAAUAUACAUCUUCGGGUAUGAUGUGCGUGAUCCGAAUGAUAUGACCAUGAUCCGACGAAUGACCGGGGUCUGUCCACAGCAUGAUAUACUAUUUGAAACGCUUACGCCCAAGGAACAUCUUUACUUCUUCGCCGCCGUUCGUGGCAUUCCGCCGGCAUUAGUCGACAGCGAGGUGAAGAAAACGUUGCGCGAUAUUGACCUGUUCGAUACGGCGGAGACGCGAGUGAAGCAUUUGAGCGGUGGUCAGAAGCGGAAGCUUUCCGUCGGCAUUGCCAUCAUUGGUGAUCCCAAGAUUAUCAUCUUGGACGAACCGACGGCCGGUGUGGAUCCGUACUCGCGGCGACACAUGUGGUCCAUUCUGCAAAACCGCAAGCACGGCAAGGUUAUCCUGUUGACAACGCACUUCAUGGACGAAGCAGACAUUCUAGCGGAGCGAAAGGCCGUUGUUUCUCGGGGAAGAUUAAGGUGCUGUGGCUCAUCGCUAUUCUUGAAGAACAAGUUCGGCAUUGGCUACCAUCUAACGUUGGUGCUGGAUACUAAUGCGUGUGAAACGUCCAUCACGAAGCUGGUGAACGAACAUGUACCCCAAGCCGAGAAAGCCCGUCGACACGGGCGAGAACUGAGCUACAUCCUGCCUCACGAUGCGGUGAACUCGUUCGUGUCUCUGUUUGACGAUAUCGAAAAAGAGAUCAAAACCAAACGGAUGAUGCUAGGUAUCUGCUCGUACGGUGUUUCCAUGACUACGCUGGAAGAGGUGUUUCUGCAUCUGGAAACGCAGCGUGAAGGUGAACAGAAGGCUGGCGAUGCGGGUGAAGGCGAAGACGGAGAAGGAGAUGGUGAGGAUGACGAGGAAGAUGGACAGGCGGCGGGUUACCCGGUAUCGGAAAAUCUGAGCCGCAAAGUCAUGAAAACUCGAGGCCUCCCCAGAAGCUUAUCGUUGCAGGAGCGUAGCAACAGUUAUCAGUCGUUGAAGAACGACACCAAAACUUUGCUCGAUGAGCAAAACGCCGAAAACAAGGCAUCCCUGCAGGAUAAUCGAAUGCAGUUUGAAGCAAUCAUACCUAUCAACGGGCUCGGAUCGGACGGUGUCAGUCAGGGGACUGCCGGGUCCGGAAUUCAUCCAGUGUCCAUGGGCGGAGGUGUUGCUGGCGGUGGGGGUCAACAUUCGACCGUGAAUUCACCACAAUCGCAACGAAUGCAUCGCAAAAAGCACCACCGUUCUUCGCGCAACGGAGUGAGUAAAAGCACCAAGAGUAUCUACGAGGAUCAGACUCAAACGCAUGGCUCAUCAUCUGCGGUGAAGUUGAAUAGCCAAAAUCGAACCAACUGGAUGGAUUUGGAUGAUAUUCCACUAUACCCGUCGCGAUGGAGUACGAUCGGAGCCUUGUUGAAACUGCGAAUGACGAUUCUGUUACGUGAUAUACAACGACUCUAUCUGUUGAUCAUACUCCCGCUGGCAUUCACGGCACUGGGACUGUAUCUAAACUCGAUACAGGUGCUGUCUCCGAUCAUGCGCUCCAUUCUGCUCGAUAACACCACCUACGGGAGCAACAUUACGAAGAUCGCCGUGCACGACAAUACCAAUCCAUCGGCGUGGCCCCAUGCUGCCUUCGUUUAUCACCAUCACCAUCAGCAAAGGCAACAGAAGCGUGAGUCGCAGAAGCAUUACGAACCGAUCCCACAAUUUCUGCAUCAAAAGCACCACCAGCAGCAACAACAAUCGAAAGAAGCGGCACAUUUAUACCGUCGCUUCCUGGCAGAGCUACACCGCUCAGCGAAUGUGACGGAAGAGUACAAUGGUAACUUUUCCUUGCUUCUGGACAUCGCUCCUCACAUGGCUGCGUUCAAUGUUAAUGUAAUAUCCUGGUCAAAUGUGUCCAUUACCACGCUGUACAACGACACCACACAGCAUAGUCUACCGAUUAUUCUAAACUUGAUCAGCAACACACUUCUGCGUGUAUAUGCGGAACUAUCUCCUGCAUCUAUAAACUCGCAACAUCUUCUCUAUCAGCGUGCCGGUAGUGGCCGGAAAGGCGCGAUACCAACAUCUAAUGCGCAGUCGACGUUCGAUUAUCAAGAUGAUGGGGCAGAGGCUGAAAAUCUCGACGACAUGGCAUUUCAACCUUUACCUUCGAGCACCAGUUCGAGCACGACUUCCUCUUCCGGGGCUAUGCCAGACCGUGCCUCGAGCGAUUCACUGCUACGUAUCGAACUAUGGUCACAUCCUUUCCAGCAAACGGCUCAACCUCAAGAGUUCAAUAUAGGCACGUUUUCGUCCGCACUGUUCGUGGGAAUGAUAUUUGUACUGAUUCCCGUUUCAUUGGCCGUUGAUAUGGUGUAUGAUCGUGAAAUGAAAGCUAAGAACCAACUGCGUGUUAAUGGACUAUCGUCAUCCCUGUACCUAUCGGCGUACUUUAUCGUGCUAUCUGGCUUGAUGUUCGUUAUUUGUGCUGCAUUGCUUGGUCUAGUGUUUCUGUUCGACAUCCCGUCUUUCCGCCAGCCCCCGGCACUCAUCACUUUGGGAAUGCUAGUGUUUCUCUACUCGCCCGCCGGCAUCCUAUGUUCAACUUGCUUCUCCUACUUCUUUGAUCGUACUGAUUCCGCGCAAUCGAUUCUACCCAACAUACUGACGUUCGUAGGAUUGAUCCCAUUCAUACUGGUCGUGUUUUUGGACAUGCUGGGGAUUGAGGUAAAGGCAGCGAUUGCACUGCACUACGUGUUCUCCUUGAUCAAUCCAAUGUAUAUUCCGUACGCGACGGUGUACUUCGUCGAUCGGGUGUACAUCGCUUGCCGAUUGAGCUCGGCCUGUGCAGAACUGUCGAUGGCUCAUUACAUGACCGAAGAGGUGAUCGUGAUGGCAUGCGGGUGCCUUUUGCACAUCCCGAUCUGGGCGUUCUGCUUACGUGUGUCGGACGUGAUGAAAAGUGGUGGUCGCAUGCGGGAUCUCUUUCAUCGAUCAGCGAGCGAAGAAGAUGUUAUGACCGAAGAGCAAUGUACCGGGGAAUACGAAGAUGAAGAUGUGCGUAACGAACGUAGCCGCGUGUUCCGCCUCACAUCCAAUACGCAACAAACGCAACAGGACGAUAUCACAGGUUCACAUGCACAGCCGGUGGUAUUGGUCAAGAGUCUUCGCAAGGAGUUCUCUCAGGAGUCAUUGUGCGGAAAUUGCUGUUGUUGUGCGGAUGAUGAACCUCCGAGAAAGAAGAUUUCCGUACGAAGUCUAUCAAUUGCGGUGGACGCGGGAGAAGUACUAGGCUUGCUCGGGCACAACGGUGCUGGCAAAACGACCACCAUGAAGAUCAUGACAGGCGAGACGGCUCCAACACGUGGCACGGUUCGGGUGGCCGGUCAUAGUAUCACUAUCAAUCAAGACGAUGCCUUUAAAACGUUGGGCUACUGCCCUCAGCAUGAUGCCCUGUGGAAGAACGUGACGGUGCGCGAGCAUCUAGAGCUGUAUGCGCGAAUACGUGGAGUGCGCGGAAAGGAUUUGAACCGAUUGAUAUCUACUUACCUAACGGGGCUACACAUAAACGAACAUGCAAACAAGCAAACCCAACACUGUUCAGGCGGUACCAGGCGCAAGUUGAGCUACGCAAUGGCAAUGGUGGGAGCUCCAAAAGUUGUGCUGCUCGAUGAACCUUCGACCGGAAUGGACCCAAAGUCGAAAAGAUUCCUCUGGGACACUAUUUUGGCCAGUUUUCAUGGUAAACGUUGCGCAAUGUUGACGACACACUCGAUGGAGGAGGCCGACGCUCUCUGUUCUCGCGUUGGAAUAAUGGUCAAGGGAGAGCUAAGAUGUCUCGGGUCAACGCAACACCUGAAGAACCUUUACGGUGCCGGUUACACGCUGGAGAUUAAACUGAAGCACAUAGAAAACAUAUACAGCGAGACGCCAAUCGAAAGCCAACCUAGCAGCAGCCAGGAGCAGCUACAGCUCGACCAAAGCACGGACCACAUUGCACCGGUUAUCAGCAACUGCAUUGACAAUCGUUCGAUGGCGUUGCGCAAUUUCGUAACGGAUCUAUUUCCGAGUGCCACCUUGGAAGAGAGUUUCGCCGAUCGGCUAGUAUACUCUGUACCACAGCAAGCCGUCAGUUCCUUAGCUGAAUGUUUUUCACGGCUCGAGAAAGCCAAAACCGAGCUAGACAUAGAGGAAUACUCAUUCAGCCAAACAACACUAGAACAAGUGUUCUUAAAGUUUGCCCACUACGACGAGGAAACCUCCAGUGUGCAAUAGAUUAUACAGUAAUCGAUCAUAGAUCAUCAACGAGAAGACAGCCUCCGAUCGAAUUGUCCUUGAGAUUAAUUUUGCAAACUCUUAUUCUACAGCAUUUGAUAGAUACUUAUGUGCGUGAUUAUAAUAAAUAUCUUACUAACACACUAUGCGCGUGUAGACAGCGAAAUCAUGUGCGGUUGUGUGAACGUGUAUAGGGAGCGUUGAACGGAAAAGGCUAGAACAUUAGAACAUUAGGACAAUUCCCUCAACGCUAUACUGAACACUCUCCAUGCAACAGGAAGUAUUUGUAGUGAAUUGAAACCAUAUACACCCAGGCCUAGGGCAAAUGAGGUGGGCGCUGUGGAUUCGCAUUGUGAAAAUGUAAGUAAAUUUAACUAAAGUAAAAAAUUUGUGCAAUAAUUUCAUGUGACAGGAAGGACUCCUGCCAGUGCUACAAAAUCAUCGAAAUGAAGAAUAAUAGCUGGUUUUGGCCAUGGUUAUAAGAGAUAAUUAAAACAUGAACACAAUGAGAGCUGAAAGGAAAGUGUAAUGAACGGUGCAGAGAAUGGACAGUAAUGAUUGCAACUGGAAUGUAAAAUCCAUUAAAAUAAGAAUUAAAUAACACAUGAAUACAAAACAGGCUUGACACGGAAGAGUAUAUCGCGACGAAAGAAGCAUAUUGAGGAAAAAAGGUUAGUAAAAUAUUACAAUAAUUUAAAACAAAAAUUAUCUACAUAGUAAACGAAUGCCACUGUUUUUGUGAAGCAGUUGAAGCGUCUUCUCUGUAUGCAAAUUUUUGCUGAGAAAACUUUUAGAUUUAAAUGAUAUUUAACAGUAAAAAACCAAAACCAAAAGCUAGUCAAAACUCUUAAACGACAAAACAAGCAAACACGCAAGCAUGCUGCAGCGGGCAAGUGAAUUAAUAAAUAAGGUAAUUAAGCUAAAUUUAGAUGUAUAAGACAACUAAACGAAAAGGCAAAGAUAGGAUAGGCGUGAGGCAAAAAGAAACUAAAUAAAGAAUCUGAAACAGAUGUCAAACCAUUGCACCAGUAUGAACCAGUAUGAAAGCCGGUAAAGGGAAUGCAAAUGGUGAUUAAGAGAGAAGUGCAUUGGAAUUAUAGUGCAUAUUUAAGCACUAAAAAAACAUAAUCCAUACGACGAUGAUUGCAUUGGAUGCGAAUUUGUAAAAGCGCUUGAUAGCGAAGAUAACAUGCUGUCGAGGAAAAUAGUAUGUACGGUGUAACAAUGGCAAAAGGAAAUACAACAUAAACGCAAAACAGAAAAUCAUUUCAAAGCUAAUAUUUUGAUUUGGAAACUGUGAUUUAAAAUGGGGAAUUAUUGGUUGGCAGUAAAAGAAUCCAAGCAUGGCAAGUAGGUAAAUAAUUAAACAAACAAGAAAAAAACACACACACACACACAUUAUUAAUUCCUUUUCGCCAACGAUGAUAGUGGAAAGAAAGUUUCACAUGACCUACCGCAUUGUGGAAUACGUUAAAGGCAGAUUAGAAAGAAUACCGUUCUUACAAGAAAAAAACGUGAAGGAAAUAAAACCAACUUAAGCUGCAUUUCGCCGAUGCCAAACCAGGAUCGAAGCAUGAAACAUGUCGAGUGAGAGAUGUGUAGUUCGGUUAAGUACUAAGCGUCACCAAGGCUAACGAAAGCUUUUAUUGGAUUGUAAUGAAAGUAAGGUAGGAUUUAGGGAAACGCGAAGCACUUUGAAAUAAAGUUUUGG